AUGCCAGCUAAAUUCCAAUCACAAUUAGAUGAAAUCCAAACGUCGAUGAAUAAUCAAAAUAAACAUUUGGAAGAACUAAAUGAAUAUAUUGAAGAUCAAGAACGCUACAGUCGAUCGUUUUGUUUGCGUUUUGUGCGUUUUCAAGAGGAUAAAGGCGAGAAUACAACAGUGACAUUGGUUAACUUCAUACGUGAUAUUCUACAGGGUGAUUUUGACGUAAAUGAAAUUGAAAAUUUGCAUCAAAUCGGUAAAUUUACAAAAGGAAAACAUCGAGCAAUAACAGCAAGAUUUUAUUCGAAGCCCAUACAUAAUGAAGUUUUGCAGUCAUUAUAUCGUCUUAAACAAACAAAAUCAAGUAUGCGACGACUUAACCAAAAUAUCAUUGGCGUUAUUACAAUUAGAGCGUUCUAA